AUGUCGCAAAACGGUCAAGACCCCGCUCAGAAUGGCGAAGAAGAGAUGGGCGAGGCAUUCGGCCCCCUUCCCGUCAACAAGCUUGAGGACUUUGGCAUCUCGAGCUCUGACUGCAAGAAGCUGGCCGAAGCAGGCUACAACACUGUAGAGGCCAUCGCAUUCACCCCGAAGAAGAACUUGCUGCUAGUCAAGGGUAUCUCGGAGGCCAAGGCAGACAAGAUCCUCGUCGAAGCUGCCAAGCUCGUGCCUAUGGGUUUCACCACUGCCACCGAGUUCCACGCACGCCGAAACGAGCUGAUCUCGAUCACCACAGGAUCCAAGAACCUCGAUGCCAUUCUUGGCGGUGGCAUGGAGACCGGAAGCAUCACCGAGCUGUACGGCGAGUUCCGAACAGGAAAGAGUCAGCUUUGCCAUACUCUCGCCGUCACUUGCCAGCUGCCCGUCGACAUGGGCGGAGGCGAAGGCAAGUGUCUUUACAUUGACACCGAGGGCACUUUCCGACCGGUGCGUCUCCUUGCUGUUGCCGAACGAUACGGUCUGAACGGUGAAGAGGUGCUCGACAAUGUCGCUUACGCACGAGCAUAUAACGCCGACCACCAGCUACAGCUGCUGAUGCAGGCUUCUGCCAUGAUGGCCGAGUCGCGUUUCUCGCUUUUGAUCGUCGACUCGCUCACUUCGCUCUACCGUACCGACUUCUCCGGUCGAGGUGAGCUUUCAGCGCGACAGAUGCACCUUGCUAAGUUCCUUCGAGGCCUAAUGCGCUUGGCCGACGAGUUUGGUGUCGCUGUCGUCAUCACAAACCAGGUGGUCGCACAGGUGGACGGAGCGACCGCCUUCACUGCUGAUGCCAAGAAGCCCAUUGGUGGUAACAUUGUAGCUCACGCUUCCACGACGCGAUUGUCGCUGCGAAAGGGUCGUGGCAACCAGCGUAUCUGUCGUAUUGCUGACUCGCCCUGCCUUCCUGAGGCCGACGCUGUCUUCUCCAUCGGACCCGAGGGCAUCAUCGACCCCGUAAGUAGGAUAUUCUCGCUCAUUUCGUCAUGUGUUGCAUACUUGAAGUGA